GAGAGAAAAAGAGCAUCCAGUUUGGUCGUCGUGGGUUGUAAGUAGAGGUAGAUUUUGCCCGUGUCGUGUUUCGCACGCGACAGUAAACCAAGAGACAGGUUGAACUUACCCAGGUGUAGUGUAUUUUUUGUUCGAGGCACCGACGCGAGACUCGCUAGAGACUGAUAACUUUAAGACAAAACUUUCGUUCGUAUAAUACAAUUAGGAACGUAUAAUAGUUAUAGUCUUGUGUAUCGAAUUGUUUAAGGUUUCAGGUGUGUGUAACUGUGUACACUGUGAUUGUACUAUUGUACAUCCAUAUACAUACACUUUUACAUAUCAUAUAGUGUCCGUGCAAUAUAAAUGCAGACAUUGCACACUGCAGACUUGCAGAGGAAAGGAUUAUAGAUUAAAGUACAAGCUAGGCUAGGCUUAGCAGCAAAUCAAAGCUGUGCAAGUACUUUCUGUGACGCCUCUCGACUCUCUCUCUCGAGGAAGAGCUCGGUUAUACUUGCUAGUAUCACUAGCUUUUGUCGGCCAGAGGGGCAGAGGUGGAGAGGAGGUAGUUGGUAGUCGUGGUGGUGUAGUAGCAGCAGGCGAAGAGAGCUGCCGCUCAGUCGAAAACCAUGACGCAGCUACUGCCCAUCAGGUUCCAGGAGCAUCUCCCGCUCACCACAGUGGGGAUCAAUGCCAACAAUGUCAGCUUCAAUACAGUCACCAUGGAGUCAGAUAAGUUUAUCUGUGUACGUGAAAAGGUGGGUGACACAGCGCAGGUUGUCAUUAUUGACAUGAAUGACACUGCAAACCCCAUCAGGAGGCCAAUCUCUGCAGAUUCGGCAAUUAUGAAUCCUGCCAGCAAAGUUAUUGCUCUGAAAGCUCAAAAGACUCUGCAAAUCUUCAACAUUGAGAUGAAAUCAAAGAUGAAGGCACACACAAUGACAGAAGACGUGGUUUUCUGGAAGUGGAUAUCCCUGAAUACUUUAGCCCUUGUUACCGACACAACAGUUUAUCACUGGUCAAUGGAAGGUGAUUCUCAGCCAAGCAAAGUCUUUGAGCGACACUCGUCGCUGCACGGCUGCCAGAUCAUUAAUUACCGUACCGAUGCCAAGCAAACCUGGCUUUUACUAAUCGGUAUAUCGGCGCAUAACAACCGCGUGGUCGGCGCGAUGCAGCUCUUCUCCACCGAGCGUAAAUGCUCCCAGCCCAUAGAAGGACACGCCGCCUCUUUUGCUCAGUUCAAGAUGGAAGGCAAUGCCGAACCCAGUAAUCUUUUUUGCUUUGCCGUAAGAACCGUCCAAGGGGCCAAGCUGCACAUUAUUGAAGUGGGUCAACCUCCUGCCAAGAACCAACCCUUUCCCAAAAAAGCGGUUGACGUUUUCUUUCCUCCCGAGGCGGGAAACGAUUUCCCCGUGGCAAUGCAGGUCAGCUCAAAGUACGACGUCAUCUAUCUUAUUACCAAGUACGGCUACAUUCACAUGUACGACAUCGAGUCGGCAACAUGCAUCUUUAUGAAUCGUAUAUCUAACGAAACGAUUUUUGUCACCGCCCCGCAUGAGUCCUCAGGCGGUAUUAUCGGUGUAAAUCGCAAAGGCCAAGUGUUAUCUGUUUCCGUAGACGAAGAAAAUAUAAUUCCGUACAUAAAUGGGGUGCUCCAGAAUCCUGAGCUGGCGCUGCGUAUGGCUGUGCGAAACAAUCUUUCCGGAGCCGAAGACCUGUUUGUGCGCAAAUUCAACAUGUUGUUCCAAAAUGGACAAUACGCCGAGGCAGCUAAGGUUGCCGCUAAUGCACCUAAAGGUAUUUUGCGUACACCGGGUACGAUUCAAAAAUUUCAACAGGUACCGACAACACAGGGUCAGACAUCACCCCUCCUGCAAUACUUUGGUAUACUCUUGGAUCAAGGACAGUUGAAUAAGUACGAAUCUUUAGAGCUUUGUCGCCCUGUGCUUGUUCAAGGCCGUAAACAGUUGUUAGAAAAAUGGCUUAAGGAGGACAAACUCGAGUGUAGCGAGGAGCUCGGUGAUCUCGUCAAACAAGUUGACCCGACUCUUGCACUCAGCGUCUAUCUAAGAGCCAAUGUGCCUAACAAAGUUAUACAGUGCUUUGCUGAGACUGGCCAGUUUCAAAAAAUAGUUCUUUACGCAAAGAAGGUUUCCUACACGCCGGAUUACAUAUUCUUGUUGCGCAAUGUUAUGCGCAUCAACCCAGAUCAGGGUGUAUUGUUUGCCCAAAUGCUGGUCCAAGAUGAUGAGCCUCUUGCUGAUAUCAAUCAGAUUGUGGAUAUAUUUAUGGAACAAAAUAUGGUGCAACAAUGCACGGCUUUUUUACUCGAUGCCCUCAAGAACAACAGACCGACCGAAGGUGCCCUCCAAACGAGAUUACUCGAAAUGAACCUUAUGUCCGCGCCUCAGGUGGCUGAUGCAAUCCUCGGCAAUCAAAUGUUUACGCAUUAUGAUCACGCGCACGUAGCUCAGCUUUGCGAAAAAGCUGGACUUUUGCAACGUGCUCUUGAACAUUAUACCGACCUGUACGACAUUAAACGUGCCGUAGUGCACACUCAUCUGCUGUCUCCCGACUGGCUCGUCAGUUUUUUCGGCACGCUGUCCGUUGAAGACUCCCUGGAGUGCCUCAAAGCUAUGCUUACCGCAAAUAUGCGCCAAAAUCUUCAGAUCUGCGUGCAAAUAGCUACAAAAUAUCACGAACAGCUGACAACUAAAGCUCUCAUCGACCUUUUCGAAAGUUUCAAGUCCUACGAGGGUCUGUUCUAUUUCCUUGGAUCAAUCGUCAACUUUAGCCAAGAUACGGAGGUACACUUCAAGUACAUUCAAGCUGCUUGCAAAACCGGCCAGAUCAAGGAAGUGGAGCGCAUCUGUCGCGAGAGUAAUUGCUAUAAUCCGGAGCGUGUCAAGAAUUUCUUGAAAGAAGCCAAACUGUCCGAUCAACUGCCACUCAUUAUCGUAUGCGACCGCUUUGAUUUUGUUCAUGACCUCGUGCUCUACCUUUACCGCAAUAAUUUACAAAAGUACAUUGAAAUAUAUGUACAAAAAGUUAACCCUUCUCGCUUGCCCGUCGUUAUCGGAGGUCUCCUCGACGUCGACUGCUCCGAAGACAUCAUCAAGAACCUUAUCCUCGUCGUGCGUGGCCAAUUUUCCACGGACGAGCUCGUCGAGGAAGUCGAGAAACGCAAUCGCCUCAAACUCCUGCUGCCUUGGCUGGAGUCGCGUGUGCACGAAGGCUGUGUCGAGCCGGCCACCCAUAACGCCUUGGCCAAGAUCUACAUCGAUAGCAACAAUAACCCUGAACGCUUCCUCAAGGAGAACCAGUUCUACGAUAGCCGCGUCGUCGGCAAGUACUGCGAGAAGCGCGACCCCCACCUCGCAUGCAUCGCUUAUGAGCGUGGCCAGUGUGAUCGCGAACUAAUUAGUGUCUGCAAUGAGAAUAGUUUGUUCAAGAGUGAGGCGAGAUAUUUGGUACGCAGACGCGAUGCAGAUCUCUGGGUUGAGGUCCUGCAGGAAAACAACCCGUACAGACGACCACUGAUCGACCAGGUCGUUCAAACCGCGCUCUCUGAAACUCAAGAUCCCGAAGAUAUUUCUGUAACUGUGAAGGCCUUUAUGACAGCUGAUCUGCCCAACGAAUUGAUCGAGUUGCUCGAGAAAAUUGUGCUGGACAGCAGCGUCUUUAGCGAUCAUCGCAAUUUACAGAAUCUCUUGAUUUUGACGGCCAUCAAAGCCGACCGCUCGCGCGUCAUGGAGUACAUAAAUCGUCUGGACAAUUACGAUGCACCCGACAUUGCUAAUAUAGCUAUCAAUAACGAGCUGUAUGAAGAGGCAUUUGCGAUUUUCAAGAAGUUUGACGUAAACACCUCGGCUAUCCAAGUUUUGAUCGAGCAGGUCAAUAAUCUCGACAGAGCUUAUGAGUUUGCUGAAAGAUGCAAUGAGCCCCCAGUAUGGUCUCAGUUGGCCCGUGCACAACUGCAACAAGGUAUGGUUAAAGAAGCCAUUGAUAGCUUCAUCAAGGCCGACGACCCGUCUGCUUACAUUGACGUCGUAGAAACGGCUCAUCGCACGUCUCACUGGGAAGAUCUGGUGCGUUAUUUGCAAAUGGCGCGCAAGAAGGCUCGCGAGUCCUUUAUAGAAUCCGAGCUGAUCUAUGCGUAUGCCCGUACGAAUCGUCUAGCCGAUCUCGAGGAAUUCAUUUCCGGGCCGAACCACGCCGACAUACAAAAGAUUGGCGACCGGUGCUUCGACGACAAGAUGUACGACGCGGCAAAGCUUCUCUACAACAAUGUCUCGAACUUUGCCCGGCUUGCAAUCACCCUUGUGCACCUAAAAGAAUUCCAAGGCGCGGUUGAUAGCGCGCGCAAGGCAAACUCGACGCGCACUUGGAAGGAAGUAUGCUUCGCUUGUGUCGACAGCGGUGAAUUUAGGCUCGCUCAGAUGUGUGGCUUGCACAUUGUCGUUCACGCUGACGAGCUCGAGGAUCUUAUCAAUUACUACCAAGAUAGAGGACACUUUGAAGAACUGAUUAACUUGCUUGAGGCUGCGCUUGGAUUGGAGAGAGCACACAUGGGUAUGUUCACUGAGCUCGCUAUUCUGUACAGCAAGUACAAACCACAGAGGAUGAGGGAACACCUGGAACUCUUUUGGUCGCGCGUCAAUAUUCCAAAAGUACUACGCGCAGCAGAGUCGGCUCAUUUGUGGGCUGAGCUGGUCUUCCUGUACGACAAGUACGAGGAGUAUGACAACGCAGUUCUCGCAAUGAUGCAGCAUCCAACAGAGGCAUGGCGCGAGGGUCACUUUAAAGAUGUCAUCACUAAAGUGGCAAACGUCGAGUUAUAUUACAAGGCCAUUCAAUUUUAUGUAGAAUACAAGCCCCUGUUACUCAACGACAUUCUGCUUGUGCUAGCGCCACGUAUGGACCACACAAGAUCCGUAGCCUAUUUUACUCGCACCAACCACCUACAACUUGUCAAGCCCUACCUCAGAUCGGUACAGGCACUGAAUAACAAAGCAAUCAACGAGGCCCUCAACGGUUUGCUGAUCGAUGAGGAGGACUACCAGGGCCUGAGGACCUCGAUUGACGCCUUUGACAACUUCGACAACAUUGUGCUGGCACAACAGUUGGAGAAGCACGAGCUCAUCGAGUUCAGGAGAAUCGCUGCUUAUCUAUAUAAAGGCAACAACAGGUGGAAGCAGUCGGUCGAGCUUUGUAAAAAGGAUAGGCUCUUCAGGGAUGCAAUGGAGUAUGCAGCUGAAUCUCGUAAUGCUGAAGUAGCGGAAGAACUUUUGGAGUGGUUCUUAGAGAGAGGGUCCAGGGACUGUUUUGCUGCUUGCCUGUUUCAUUGCUACGACUUGCUCCAUCCUGAUGUCAUUUUAGAACUCGCGUGGAGACACAAAAUUAUGCACUUUGCAAUGCCUUAUCUCAUCCAAGUAUCUCGUGAAUAUAUAUCAAAGGUCGAUAAAUUAGAAGAAGCCGAAAGCCGACGCCUUGAGGAGACUGAUCACCAAGAGCAUAAAUCCAUGAUAAUGCCCGAGCCGCAGCUAAUGCUGACAGCUGGACCAGGUACGAUGAUGGCACCAGGCUAUGCGCCACAGGCUGUGUACGGAGCGCCAGCACAAAGCGUAUACGCAGCGCAAACUGUGCCCACGACCUACCAAGCGUAUGGCAUGUGAGUACCCACACCGCCUCAGUACGGAACCGUGUAAGAUCAGCCCAAUCCAGCCCCUCCCAACAGCAUCACGAUCAUUCGCAAUUAUGACUUUUUCUAUUUUAAUGAUUUCCGGAAUACAUAUACACAUGUAAAUUAAGUUGUACAUGUGUGUAUGUAUACAUACACAGAUCACUCGGACAUGUAUUAGAGAGAGAGAGAGAUGAAAAAAAAAAGAUAACGCCGUUGUAGCUCGUAUGGGUCAUGAUAUCUAUUUGCUGAAACUAAAAAACAAUUUUUUUUAAAUAGAUACAUAACCGAGAGGUAUGACAGAAAAGUAACGGCGAAUAAAUGGCGGCCGAUAGUUACGGACGUCUUAAACGCUUAGAUUUUUUCUGAUUGUUGGGAUAAUAGUAGUUUACAAGGUAAAAGCGAACCAAAAAUCUGAGUGCAUGAGUAACAAGCAGAAUGACUUUUCAAUCAAUCGUACCACGUAACGAUCAAAUUACAAAUUUGUAGAUAAAAGAAUAAACGAUUAUAGUUUAGAACAUACUAUGAAUAAUUGAAUAAUGAAUUCGGUUCUUUACGAAGCUUAAUCAUUUGCACAAUGAUCAGUUGAGCUGAGAGAGUGAGGUUUAUAUGCGCUAUUAUUAAUUGUCAUAAAAUUUAAAGAAAAAAUAAUUUUUUGGUGUGCUCUUUGCCUGCUGCGCUGUGCAAAAGUGUAAGACAAAAAUUGCAAGAGAAAAAAUAACUAACAAUUGAUUGUAUAAAAUAAUGUAAUCAAAUUUAUGUAGUUCCGCUUGUAAGGUUGCUCCCUCGAGAGAGUAUUUAUGGAACUCGACAACUUAUGUUGAAAAAAGGGAAUGAUGAAAAAUACUCCGUGUCAUCUCUUGUAUAACAAGUUGCGUUUAUGGUGACUGACACUUGUUACAUAUGGGUAUAAUUUGUAACGUGUAGCCUUGUCCAAGUUAUAAUUAUUAUUAACGAUAUUAUAAAUAUUAUAUAAUAUUA